AUGGACGCCGAAGGACGCGAACGAAUUAUAGCCCAGGCUAGAGAAGUGAUGGUAUAUGUGUGUGCAGCUCGUCCAAAGCUGAAGCAACAUGAGUUGGCAUCAAUAUGCCGUCCAGACAGAGGAGAAGGAUGGACUACCGAGCAAGAAGAUUGGGCUGCACGCGACGUGGGCGUGUGCGAGGAUGCCGGGCGUUUCCAGCUUGCGCUGGAGCAAAUGUCCAAGAGCCACCUUGAGAAGCUUGUUAAGGCCUCAAAGGUGUGUAUGCGGAUCUUCCGUAUGACGCCGAUCGAGUUACUCUCCCCAAGAUUCGGGCUCGUUUACUGCAAGGGGAGGCAUGGGGAUGGGCGUUCCUCUGGCACACGAUCUGCUGCGACCCAGUAUCCAUCCCUGUUCCCACAAAUCUUUCUCGACAAGCUAUACAUGAUGCUUUUGCAUCCAAUGUUUGCCCAGAGACUGACACCUUACUUUCUGGUGUUUGUCCUACAGUUCACGUCAAUCUGCCGCACCCAGGACCAGCGGUGCUGGCAGUUGCCCGAGCUAGAGAAUUUCCGUGGCGAUGUCCACAUCACCGCGAUGCGUGAACACUUGAGAUCGGCUCCAGUCAACAGCCAGGGCGAGCUCGGAUUCCAUCCAUCCCAUGUGCUGCGGGAGACCAGCCUUCUCCUACGUAUUAUUGACGUUGCACUCCAAGGUAAAGCUACAGGCGAACUGGCAGCUGUCAAUGAACACGGAGCAACGCAGUACAGCGUUUAUCUGGCCGAUAUUGAAAAUAUCUGCUCGGCACUCUCCCUUGUUAGCCCUCCUCAAGUCAGUGUCAAGGAAGCAGCCACUAUCUGGCAACAGAUACACCCGGGGGGCAGCCACACAGGUUACCCUUCUGUUACGACCAUUAUCAACGAUAUUACGGAAUCAUACAAGCACCAGAAAACUUGGCAGCUUCUCAAGCGCCACUUUAGCACUAAUGAGAUGCCCCUGGAUGUUGGCACCGGAACCCCAUCAGCAGCACCGAAUAAAAGCACCGCCUCUGAUCUGAACAGCCGGCCGUGUAGCAACGUGCCGUCCCAGACAAGUGAGGCACCGUCACUACCUGAAAGAUCCCAUACCUCGAGUGGCAUGUCGGCUGAUACAUCCGGUUUUGCACCCAUCGCUCUACCCGAGGCCAACAAUUCUCCAUCAGACAUCGCCCCGUCUGACCUCACCGGUUCAUCAGACGACCUAGACGCAUCAGGAUAUCAGAAAUCUUGGAUUCCUCCGCCCGGGUGGACCGAAUCACCCCCUGAUUCUUGGCCGACGAUCUAG